UGUUUCUCCGCCGUUGACCUUCAAUCCGUCCCGCUCGCCAAAGGAGACUCGGUUCUUCGUCCAAAAUUUUUUAGAUAUAUCUACCCUUUUGUUCAGAUUUGAAAUCGGCGUAUAAAUCAGUUCCCACUCUCCUCUGUCUCCUUGCAUUGCUUCCAUCGCUGCGACUUUGUGGAGCUAGGCAAGGUAGAUCUGAGAGGCAGGGGUGGAGCUUAUUUAGCUGAUACAUUGAGAAAGCCGAGGUCUUUCAUUUCGGUUUAGAAUCUGAUGGCGUCUAGUGCGAUGCUGGUAACGACGGCAGCUUUGGAUUGGGUUUCGGCGGCGUUCGAUGCUCCUCUUGCGAGGGCAGUUGUUUUUGGGAUACAUAUUGAUGGUCACCUGGUUGUUGAAAUGCUUCUGAUAGCUGUCAUCUUAUUCCAACUUUCUCGGAAAAGCUACAAGCAUCCAAAGAAGCCGCUGACAGAGAAGGAAAUAGAUGAUCUUUGUGAAGAGUGGGUUCCUGAGCCUUUGUGUCCACCAAUUUCAGAAGAGAAGCAAUUUCAUACUCCUACUUUGGAAAGUGCUGCUGCACCCCACACAAUAGUGAAUGGAAAAGAAGUUGUGAACUUUGCAUCUGCAAAUUAUCUUGGAUUGAUAGGACAUGAAAAAAUAAUUAAUUCAUGCAUUGGCUCACUGGAGAAAUAUGGUGUUGGUUCAUGUGGCCCUCGUGCUUUUUAUGGGACAAUUGAUGUCCAUCUUGAUUGUGAGAAAAAAAUUGCAAAUUUCCUUGGAACUCCAGACUCAAUUAUUUACUCUUAUGGAAUAUCAACUAUUUUCAGUGUUAUACCAGCCUUUUGUAAGAAGGGAGACAUCAUUGUGGCUGAUGAGGGUGUCCAUUGGGGAGUCCAAAAUGGACUCUAUCUAUCAAGAAGCACUGUAGUUUAUUUUAAACAUAAUGAUAUGGCAUCACUAGAAAGCACUUUAGAGAAACUAACUCGUGGAAAUAAGCGUGCUGAAAAGUUACGGCGCUAUAUUGUAGUAGAAGCUGUAUACCAGAAUUCUGGCCAAGUAGCUCCAUUGGAUGAAAUCAUAAGACUGAAAGAGAAAUACCGUUUCCGUGUUAUCUUAGAUGAAAACCACUCAUUUGGUGUUCUAGGGAAUUCUGGCCGUGGUCUAGCCGAAUAUUAUGGGGUCCCGAUCGAGAAAAUUGAUAUCAUAACUGCUGGAAUGGGAAAUUCACUAGCGACUGAUGGAGGAUUUUGCACCGGGAGUGUCAGAGUUGUUGAUCACCAACGUCUCAGCAGCUCAGGAUAUGUCUUCUCAGCAUCGUUGCCUCCCUACCUCGCAACUGCUGCGAUUUCUGCAGUUGAUUACUUGGAAGAAAACCCAUCUAUUCUUGCAACGCUGAAGAAUAAUAUUGCUUUGCUACGAAAAGGUUUAUCUGAUGUAGCAGGACUUGAAGUUUCAAGCAGUCCUCAGUCACCCAUAGUCUUUCUUAAACUGAAGAAAUCUAGAGGAUCCCAAGACAAGGAUUUGCAAGUUCUUGAGAAAAUAGUUAGCAGGGCACUCCAUGAAGAUUCAGUUUUCCUGGUGACAUCAAAGAGGUCCACUCUUGACAAAUGUCGACUUCCAGUCGGAAUCCGCAUAUUUGUUUCAGCAGGCCAUUCUGAAUCUGAUAUUUUGAAAGCUGUUGAUUCCCUUAAGAGAGUAGCAGCAUUGGAGCUAGAGUAGAAAGCAUUUGAAGUUUCUUCCAUUUUUAAUCGAUCUUAGCUGUUUGAUCCACGCUACAAACAUUAAUAAUCAUGUAUUUCUUUUUUGGCUUUAGUUUGAAAAUAGGCAUUAUUUCUUCCAUGCAAGCUCUUGUGUUCAAACUUUUCCAUUAGCUGGGAUAUGCUGCAAACUUGUUAGUGAUUUGUAUUGUAGAAAUGUUGUAUCUCUGUUUCAGGUGUACACUAUAAGUAGAAUCAACUGUUAAUUUUCUUACUUUCUAUUCUCCUAACAAAACUCAAUUAGUA